AUGCACAGAACAAGGUGAGACUGUGAUAUAGACUAUAGAAAUGGCAGUAUAAUCAGUAUAUAGGUAUUUUUACAAUUAGUGAUUUUUCAUGUAUUUAUGGCACAGUAACUUAGCAGCAAGAUUUAAUCUAAGCCGUGCUUAGCUCUCAUACAAAAUAAGUUAAUGCGGAGGGAUUUCAUUUAUUCAGUGUUCUAUGCCUCUAAUCACUCACGUCCAUAACUUAUAAGCAUGGUCUUAGAAUAAUAAGUAACAAAAUAUAUUUAUUAUUUAAUACAACUAUUAUUAUUGAUUUUUGAGAUUUGGAUUUUGUAAGAGGUAACGACUAAGCUCGCCAUUCAAAUAUGAAUUUAUUAAAUACACCGCGUUUGAAAAAAGAACUAGGGCAAUUACUUGACAAACCCCCAUUUGGAAUGAAAGUGAAUGUAAAAGAAGGAUCAACCUCUGUUUUAGAAGCUGAACUCAGUGGACCUAAAGAUUCUCCAUAUGAAAAUGGAGUUUUUAAAUUGCAGAUAGAAUUACCAGUGAAGUAUCCAUUUGAACCUCCUAGAGUGACAUUCAUUACACCUGUUUAUCAUCCAAACAUAGACAGUGGCGGCAGAAUCUGUUUGGACAUUUUGAAAAUGCCUCCAUCUGGUGCAUGGAAACCAUUAAUUACCAUAGAAGGCGUAUUGGUUGCCAUAUGCAAUCUAAUGAACUGUCCAAACCCUAAUGACCCACUUGUACUGGACAUUGCAAAAGAAUUUAAGAAUGAUAAAGAAACAUUUGAAUCCAAAGCUAAACACUAUACUAAAGAACAUGCUAUUACAGUCAUCGAAUAAUUAUAUUUUAAUUUAAUAUGUUUAUAUUCUCUACUAUUAUUUUAUAAAAUAUUUCAGCUAACUGAACUUCUAGCAAGUAAAUUUCUAACUUACCUUUGUAUACUUUUCUUUAAUUAAUUAUUUAUUGUAAUUUAAAAUUGGUUUGAUAAGAAAUAUUGAACACUAAAAAGAGUUCAUUAAAUCAUUUGAAAAUAUUAUUAAAACCUAUGUACAAACUAUUAUAAUAUAAUAUUAUUAUUUAACUAUUAAUAAUUAUUAUUUUAUUAUGCUUUUUAAAUUCAAUCCUCUUGACUUAAUAAAUAUAACAUAUUGUUGAUACCAAACAUGAUAAUCCUCUCAUUAGUAUUACAUAUUAUGUAAAAGAAAACGUUGGUAAUUGCCUAAAAAAUGUCAUAUGGAAUUUUAUUUUUAUAAAUAUUCUCCAAUAACUAAAUUAUUAAUAACUGUUAGCUUGAAAUGGUUAUUUACACUUCUUUGCAUUUGUAUGGUUUGUUUAUUAAUUCUUCUGUAGGCAUUUUCAUUAAAACUUGUUUUUGUAA